AUGACACUGAUGCUACACCCUAUGUACCAGCCUGCCAGGACCCAGCCUCAUCCUGCCUCAGACCCCAUCCUGCCUCAGACCCCAUCCUGCCUCAGACCCAGCCCCAUCCUGCCUCAGACCCAGCCCCAUCCUGCCUCAGACCCAGCCAUCCACAACCACAUCAAAGCCUGUCUAAGAAGUCAGAGCUUCAAGCUGAACGUGGACAGUUCACUGUUCCCUGAAAGACUGUGUACUAAUACGUUGUGUCUGGUUCUACAGAGCUUCAAGCUGAACGUGGACAGUCACUGUUCCCUGAAAGACUGGAGCUUCAAGCUGAACGUGGACAGUCUACUGUUCCCUGACAGAGAACUGGUGUCACUGGUGGAGUUGCUGCAGAGCCACCAUGAGGCCCAGAGGGAUGCCCUGGACGAGCUGAGCCUGAAGCUGAAGAGCCAGCAGUUCUGCACUGGCACCAACAGGAGGACUGGGAGGGAGUACACACAGAUGUCCAAGAACAACAGUCUGCAAGAGUUUGAGUCAGACUUCCAGGAGCUCUGGGAUUGGCUUAUGGACAUGGACUCGGUGGUGACGGACAGCUACAAGCUGAUGAUGUCAGAGGAGCAACAGCAGUAUCUCUACAAGGGGAACAGUGUAGAGAUGAGUAUGUGGCACCCUAAGAAGACACACCUCCUGGGCUGGGCCGAGAGCCUGCGGAGGAGCGGAGCACAGCUCCCCCCGGACUUUGACGAGCGAGUCAAUGCCAUGACACAGAAGUGGGACCAGCUGCAGAAGAUCCUGGGGGAGUCGGUGGGGAGCACCAGUCGGUCCCAGGAGCCUCGCUCUGCCCUGUCCCCCCACACCAGCAGCCUGCUGGGCCAGCUGGAAAGCAGGAUCAAGGAUUUGAAGGUGUGGCUGAGAGACACCGAGCUCUACAUCUUCAACUCCUGUCUGAGACACGACACAGAGCAGGACCUCCGGGUUUCCACCCAGCUGCAGCACUUCAAGGUAGAGACUGGCCACUGCACAAGAUCCUGGGGGAGUCUGUGGGGAGCACCAGCCCAUCCCAGGACCCUCGCUCUGCCCUGUCCCCUCAUACCGCAGCCUGCUGGGCCGGCUGGAGGGCAGGAUCAAGGAUCUGAAGUGUGGCUGAGAGACACAGAGCUGUUCAUCUUCAACUCCUGUCUGAGGCAGGAAGCAGAGCAGGACCUGCAGGCCUCCACCCAGCUGCAGCACUUCAAGUCUCUGUGUCUGGAGGUACGUGGAAGGCGUAAGGGCGUGUCCUCUGUACUGAGGUUGUGCCAGCGGCUGCAGGAGCAGCAGAGUGGUUCAGACUCAGACCAACAGGCCCUGCAGCUUCAGCUGCUCACCGUCAACCUGGAGCGCCGCUGGGAGGCCAUCGUCAUGCAGGUGCUGCAGUGGCAGACACGCCUCCGGAGGGCCCUGGGGACAGAUCAGGUCCCGGGGAACCUUGUAGAGGCUGGUCUCAUGGACCUCCACGGCCCAGCAGAGGACUCCUGGGAGUGGGAUGAAAUGGACAUGACCAUCGUGGAGCACAUAGAGCCACAGGAAUUUGAUGACAAACAAAACGCUGAUUGUGAUUCAGGUCCAGGAUCCCCCGGGGCCAGUUUAGACUAUGACAAGUCCGAGGCGAGCCUGCAUGUUACUCAGCGAGGAAUAUUCUUGAGCGAAUCGUCCAGAGUGAUGCCUCUGUCUUCUCAGCGUCCCAGUGUCUAUCAGGUGUACAACCUGCAUAAUGUGGAGCUCUACAGACAGCCUCAAUUCCCCUCUGUACACAAGACCUCUUCUCCAGCCAAAGCUGGGAGGAAGCAGCCUCUUCUGAAGAGCCUGAGCAAAGACUCCUCCUUCUCAUCUGUGGAGUCCUUGCCAGACCUCCUAGGGGGACUGCUCGGCGGGGGGAAGCAUGGGGGCCGCGGCGAGUCCGCCCGCAGAUCAGAGAGUGAGAGCGGGAUAGUCAGCGAGGGCGACACAGAGACCACGGCCAACUCCGAGAUCUGUCUGGAAGACCCCAGGAGAGGGGGCAGCACCUCCCUCACACCGCCCACAGGAGACAACUCUCCUGGGGAAAAGGACGAAGAGAGGGACAGGGUGUGUGAUGAGGACAUUGACAGGAUCCUGGAGCGGGCCAACAAUGUAGCUCUGUAUGGGAACUGUGUGGCUGUCACGGCACUGAGAGAGAUAGACAGAGACCAAAGUAGAUCCAAAGCAGGGAAGAAGAGGAGAGGAGGAGGAGAGGAGGGAUGUGGAGAAGGGGAGAACUGGAGGAGACACAGGAGAGAGCCUAAUGUGGAGAUCCUGAUCAACGGACAUGGCUUCUGCCCUGACACCGAGGAAGAUGAGACUCACGAUGAGAGGAGAGUGACAGGAGGGAAUGGCCGUAGAGACGGAGAGAUUCCCCAUCUGUCCCAGGGGUCGUCCCUGGAGUCCCUAUAUGCAGCGGGGGAGCUAUUUCCAUCCGGCAAAGACACUCUGCAGCGCUCCAUGUCUCUAGAGAGCUGGCUGGCCCCGUGUAAGAGCUGGGACAAGGCAGAGGGAGAGGGAGAUGGAGGCAGCCAGGGCAGCCUGAGGGAGCUGGGCCUGGGCAUCGGAGCCAUGGAGCCCACAGGGGAACUGAGCCGCAGGACUCUAGAGCUCCUCAAACGCCUGGAGAACAUCCAGACCCCUCUACACGACCUGAAAAUGACACGCAGCAUCUCUGACAUCACCCUGCUGAGCAGCAACUCCCUGCGCCUCCCGGGGGCCGGAUAUGGAUCUGGGGGGCCCGGGCACGCUGGGCGCCUCUCCGGGGGCCGGGGUGGUCCCCCCUCCUCAGUCAACGAGAGCUCGGCAGCGUCUCUGACGGAGCUGAGCAGCACGGAGGACUCGUCAGUGGGCUCUGAGGACCUGGCUGUGCUUAGGAACCGCUGCUGUCUGCUGGACUCCAAUGCCUCCUUCAGGAAGCACAACCACCGGGCCCAGCCGGGAGGUCAUCAUGGAGGUCACAGGGGUCACGACGAGGCGGACGCCAGCAUCAGCAUGGUGGUCAACGUGUCGUGCACCUCGGCCUGUACAGAUGACGAGGACGACAGUGACCUUCUGUCCAGUUCCACGCUGACCCUGACUGAGGAGGAGCUGGGUAUCAAGGAGGACGAGGAGGAGGACUCUUCAGUUACCUCUGAGGAGGAGUACACGGAGGGCUCCUUCGCCCUGGGCCUGGAGUACAUGAAGAACGAGUUCCACAACUGGAUCCAGAAGCCCUCCCGCUCCCAGCAGCAGUCCCAGUCCGGCUCCGGCAGAGACAAGAACCAAGGGGAUGACCCUCUAGGGGACGAGCUGCAGUGUGGCACCCUUUCCAGAGAUAACACUAGCAGGCCGUCUGUAUGCAACGAGCGCCGCUCCUUCCUGAGCCCCUCGGCGCUGAGGCUGCUUGAGUCCCACACCAACAGCAUCGUGAAAAAGGAGUGUCUCCAAGGGCGGGACGUGGGGGACACCAACAGGAAGAACGCCACAAGGAGCUACAUUAGCCAGUUUGUAGAUGACAUGGAGAACGGGAAUGUGGAAAACUCCCACAUCAAAGGAAAGGAUGAGGAUGAUGAGUUAUUACGAGAGGAGGGGAGCCUUUUCACCAAGAAAGGGGAGUCCUUCAAAAACUGUUAUGUGAACGAGUCAGUGGUGAAUGGAGGGGACCAGCAGAGGGGCAUGGGAAUGGCCACUGCCACCACGCCGUCCUCGUGUGAGACGCUGUCCCAGCUCCAGGCCAAAGAGUCAUCUCUGGAGGGCCAGCUCCGAGGGGAGAUCCCCUGCCACAGCUCCAGCCACCCUUCCCCCUCUCUCUCUCCCCUGGAGGACUGCCGGGGGUCCCACCAACACCACAUCCUGCAGAGACCACCACACUCUGGGAACAACAGCCAGGAGAACCUCUUCUCCUCCUUCCUCAGUGAUGUCCACACCCAGCAGAGCAGGCGAGAGGCCGGCUCCAACCUCGGCCCAGACCCCAACUCAGACCGCCCCUGCUGCAGCCACCCCCACCCCCAGGCACCCCCACGCCAGGACCAAAAGAGCCAGGAGAACGUGCACAACUUUGUGAUGGAGAUCAUUGACAUGGCUUCUGUGGUUCUGAAGAACAAGGAGAGCCAGGCGGAAGACCAAGAGAGACCUGGACAGACUGGAGCCCAGAUCAGGGACAAAGUCCUGGAGCACUCCCACCGGCCCAUUCACCUCCGCAAGGGAGACUUUUACUCCUAUCUGUCCCUCUCCUCCCACGACUCAGACUGUGGAGAGGUCAGCGUCUGCUUAGACAGCAAAAGCACCACCCCCUUACUGUCGACUACCCCAGACAUCCGGGACGAGGAGAUACUGUUCGAGGCCUGCACUGAGGAAGUGUACCUGGGACCUCCUCUCUGCUACAGCAUGGCCAUCACCAAGAGGCCCAGGAGGCACAGUCCCAAACUAAUGGACUCCUAUUCCUCCUCUCCCUCUGCCCAGAGUCAGAGCCAAGCACCUCUGCCUGCAUGCAAUGAAUACCAAAAAGCACAUGGUAUUUCUCCUGGAAGUAUAGCUGAGAGCCAGCUACAGUGCCAUAAUGAGGCUUCUUAUCUUAAUCCGUUACCAUGUGAAACCCUGAUAGACACUGUUGAAUGUUUUGCAGAUACUAAAAUGCUUGAAUCCAAUAUUUCCCCUGUAAUGACUAAGAUAAGAGUCUCUUGCUCCAGUACAAAUCCUUUAAAAGAGGAAGGCAGCCUCUGUAUUAAUCCUAAAAUUAACUGUCCCCCGAUAAGAAAGUGUGAUAGAGAUGAAAAAGGGCCUUCUUCACAGUGGAUGAAACAGAAGAGUGCCAGGAAAGGCCACAGCUCUCUUCAGGAAGUCAAGUCAACUCAUAAACAGCAACAGUCUCCAAGGUCAGGCGAAGGUUGUGGGGAGGUCGGGGGCCGGGGCCCCCAGGGUAGUGGCCCUGUCUCUGACGGCUCAUCUGCCUCAAAGACUGGAACCGCCAGGCCCCAGGUCAGGAGACUAUCAGGGAGUGUUUCCACAGCCACCUCCAAAACCCAGCUGUGAGAGAGGAGUGAAGUGCCUGUGUGCAGUGUCCAUCCUGGUGGUCUGUGGCCUGGGCUCUCUCCCCUGGUCCCCCUGUUCCCCUGGUGCAUGGCUCUGUCCAGACUGCUCUCCAGCUUCCUCCUCUUCCUCCUGGCUGCUGUAACGCUGACCCCUGACGUUUGACCCCCACCGUCCUUUGCUCCUCCAAUCCUGUCCCAGACUGGAACUGAGCUACCUCACUGCUCUGCCGACCACCAUGCAAACCCCACGUCCAUUUCUCACCAAACACACACACACUCACACACACACACACACACACACCACACAACACACACAACACACACACCACACACA